GUGGGCCGCUGUCAGUGUUUUCAAGGAGGGCGGCCGCCUGUGGCGCUCGCAGCACCUGGUCUGCCCGUUCGGCGCGCUAGCGUCUUGCCGCGACUGGGACCGCGUGGCCGCCAUGCUCUCGCACUUCGCAAGGCGGCUCGCCAAGCUGCCAGUUUCGCGAUGCGUAGACGAUUAUUUUGCGCCGGAUCGCCCCGGCGCGGCCGACCACGCCACGCGGUGCUUCGCUCGCAUCGUCAUAGCCGCGCUCGGCAGCGACGCAGUUGCCGACGCGAAGCUGGCGCACGGGGCCCAGCUGGUCGUGUUGGGGCUGCUCUUCUCUUUCUGUGCGCAGGGCGUACACUGCGAGCCAGCGUGCGACAAGCGGCUCAAGCGGUCGCCCGCCAUCCGGCAUGCGUUAGAGUGCGGCACGUUGCACCAGGGCGCUGCGAAGAAACUCGCGGGCGCUCUCGCAUGGGCCGCGCAGCGCUUGUUUAAGCGCUUGGGCAGAGCAAUGCUCCGCCCACUCGUCGCGCACCAGCACAUGCGCUCCAAUCGUGUCGGGCGGCCUCUCGAGCUCGCGCUGCACUGGUGGGCCCAAGUGCUCGAGCUCAGGCUGCGCGAAGUGGCCAGCUGGAAGCAAGGGGGCAUGCCCGCGGCACACAUGUUCUGCGACGCGCGGAGCACGCCCCCUCGCGCCGCCGCCGUGCUUUCUAUAGACGGCGAAAUCCUGUUUGCCGAGUACGCACCCGACGCAGUUCUGAUGCGGAAUUUCAAGCGCAGACGUGACGGCCAGAUUAUGGGCCUCGAGGUCUUGGCGGUCGCAUUAGGUCGGGCGCUGGAAGUGUUCUCGGACAAUUCGGGGGCCGAGAGGUCAGUGGCGCGCGCGAGCGCCCGGGACUGGGAUCACGCAGCCCUCGUCCGCGGCAUUUGGUCUCUCGCGGCGCGCAUGUCCCUGUCGAUGUGGGUGCGCCGCGUCCCGUCCAAAAGCAACAUCUCGGACGGGCCGUCCCGCGAGGUCUACAGUCUCUUGCACCUGCUCGGCGCGCGCCAGGUGCCAGCGGUGCUCGAUGCGCGGUUUCACGCAGCCGAGGCCUGGGAGGCGCUGUG